AGAGCUGUAGCCUACAUGAAACGCGUGCAUUUGACAUCACAGGCAUCCUUCACCGGACGGUGGUCGCACACAGACAUAAAGGCUUGUUGUGUAAGUAAUUGAGCGCUUUAGAGUAGCGGUGUGUAAAUACGUGAUAAGGGGUCAGCGGUUUGUGUUAUGUUCAGUAAGACAUUCUUAUGCGGAUUGGGGCAAGGGAGCUUUACAUAAUUACGUGCAAGCUUUUUCACGUGAAAUGCUCCUUUAUAAGUGGGUUCCGUUAGGUUAGAUGCACAUCUUAAAGCGAGCGGACAGUAGCGAGUAAGUGGGUCUGAUUUUAGCACUUUAUUUGUAUGAAAAAUCGCAUUCAAGAUGGUGUCUUCUUACCCUUUACCGGAUGGCUUCUCAGACAUUGAUGUGUUCUCUUUGGGAUCUUGUCUGCUCGUGGAGGGUGAGUGUCACGUUUUCUGAUGGAAUUCAUCCAUAAAUGCGAUAGCUACUGUAUGCUAUGUUAGAUCUGAUGCUCCUUGGUCAGGGGGUGGUGGCCAGUUACGCUCUUUAAAGGUGCCAGUGGUGUUAUGUGACUUGAUACAAUAUGGAUGAAAUGCUGAUGUUGGCCAGAAAAUCGCAUGAUAUUCAAUAGUCAGGAAUAGUCAGGAAUAGUCAGGAAUGAUGCAUUAUUAUUGUUUAAAAGCACUUGAAAAGAAAACGUGCCUGCUUUCAUUUUAAUUUUUUCAUGGGAUUUGCCUCUGGGCUGUGCGCACUGUAGCCAAGUACCUCAACUCCAGGUUGAUUUCAUCCAAGGAGUUGAGUGCAGACUGGAGUUUUUUUUUAAUUCACCUCCUACUCCUUCCAGUCACUAUGCAGUGGAUACAUAAAAAAUGUAAAUUCUUAAACCCUUACCGUGUACCUAUGUUUGCCCUCUGUUGUUGUGUGCCUUUCUUUGUUUGCUGAAAGCAAUAAUUUUUAAUAAAACAUUAAUCAAAUGUGACUCGUUUCAGGAAAGUAGGCGUAUGUGGUGUGUCACUACAUCACAGCAGAGGCAUUUGAAUGUAAACAUUUUUUUUUUUUUUUUAUCAAAAAGCAUUUUUUGGGGCAGAAAUACCUUCUGGAACAUGUGAACUUUCAUGUGCCUUAAUAACAAACUUGUAUGGCAUCUGUAAAUAAAAAUGAAAUUGUUAAAUUACGAGCCUAGUUGGUUUAGCCACGGAUAAAGGCAGGAACCUUUCCGCUAGGCAAGAUUGGCUGAGAUAAUGGAUGGGCUAGACAUGCCGAGAGAUAAGUUCAGAUUGGUCUGCCAUGUAGCACGCUUCUGUCUAUAAUAUGAGCUGCUCAGUAUGUGUAGGUAAUCCUUUCUAACGCAGCUUUUUUGAAAGAUGUCACGAAGAACUGCACAAGUGUUACUCUCCACUUUCUGGAAGAAAAUCAAUGGAAUGCCUGGUGGAAGCAGAGUAUGAUAGCUAAGGAGAUAGAGAAAAUGCUGGUGUUUGAUUGCAAAUAUGUGGAGGGAGUCGAAGAGAGAACACAGUCUGUCACAGAAGGCAGUUGUAUAAAACACAUGUCUCCGGAUUACAUCUUCAAACUAAGGGCAAACAUGGCAUCCGUGACAGAGAGGGAGAAGCAUUCAUCCAUGUAUACGGGUAAGAGAGUCUAGCUAGCUACAUUUUCAGAUAUUAUACGUUUCUCAUUUUUAUUUUAUUUUGUCACACUCACAACCGUAAGCUAUUUUCUGUAAUUAGCUCGCCAUUCAUUUGUAAAUAAUGAUCUUGUUGUGAGUUUACUUUCCUGUAAUAAUGAAUACAAAUUAGCUAAAGUUGAGAUGUCAGCUAUAUGAUAUGAUCAUUAUUUGAACUGGCUAGCCAGCUAAUUUAACGUUAGCUAGCUAGCUAUCAAGCUAGAAACUAACGAAAAUAUUGCUUAGAAAGUUGCUUUUAGUUGCCUGGUUUGCUAGAUUGACAUAUACUAAAUUCAUUUUUAAACGGAUGAGUUUAUUGGUGUUAAAGUACACCAGUUAUGCUAUUUUGGACCACCAGGCUGCUGAUGUCAUAUAGCCUGUAGUUUUUGUGUUUAUACUUUUUCAUAACGACAAUGACAAGUUUAAUGUCGUACGACAAUAUAAUGUUAAUGAUGUCAUUGCGACAACUGUCUACAGACAUGUCAAUAGACGUAGUAUAAACCAGCCUUUCGUCUUGAAAUCUUUGGUUUUUUAGUACACUACCGUACUCACUCUGUUUAGCACAUGGCCUCAUGUGAAUCCUUAAAGAGAUGGGUGGGGCUAAGACUUAAGAGGUUGUGAACGAUGUUGAAUGGGUGUAGACAAAGAAGAGCUCUCCAGUAUGUGUACCAAAACAUUCAAGGGCCAUUUUCUCAAAAGUGUAUCAACUUUCAAAGCAGAAUUACUUUCCCAUUGUUCCUCACCUCUAGUGUAUGAUAUAACAUUUUCUAGCUCUGAGUCCCUACCAAUGUUGCCACUAAGCUGAUACGUGCACGGCCCCGCACCUCAUCCAGGACUGCCUCGCAGAAGAAAUGCCAGGCCGUGCAGAGAAGCAAGAGAUUGAACUUCACUGAGUUCGCUCCAUUAGUUUGCACUAUAUAGAUCAAUGUUUUUUCUGUGAUCUAAUCAACAUUAUAUCAGACCCUUUUCAAUGCAACAAACCAAAACAAAUCUAACUUUGUGAGAUUGAGUCUUUGAUUUUGUUGUAGGCAGAGCUAGAGCGCAACAGAGCCCAUGAGCGGUCUUUCAAUCACCCAGGAGUGAAUGCGCUUUUCAGAUCAGUUCAGAGCGCAGAGCCACACGUGUGCACAUUUGUUGAUAUUCUUUGCUAGUUAGCAAGUUAUUAGCCCAGUUAUAGAUAAGUAUAGGUCAGCAAUGGGGAGUUACUGCUUCCUACAAGAGCACAAAAUGUGUAGGCUACAUUUCAAGCUCUUUGAAAAGCCAGUCAGAUAAAAAGGUUUGUCUUAAUUAAAGGGGCAGUGUUGUAUUUUGAGACAGGCUUGAAUUUGCAAAUAAGCCAAUAGGCAGAGGGGUAGCCUACAUUGCCUGAUUCUCUGUAUGGUAAUAAUAAUUACUUUUAUUUUGAAAGUGGUUUCUUGCAUCAUAUAGCACAAUGCAAUUUACAGUCACCUAUUUUGUCCAUGGCGUUAAAGACCAAGUAAAAAAUCAUGAAUUCAUGUCAAGCCCUUCAUUAUGUAAAAACUUUUUUAAAAGUAUCAUGCAAUGUAGGCAUGCAUUGAACACCACAUAUAGGCUACUGUAGGCUAUCUCAUAGAAAUCAAAAACUAUUUCCAUGUGAAAAUGUUUUGGGAUUUGCUCCAUUGGUUUUGUUUGUAGGCCUACAUUAUACUCAAAUAGCCACAAUAGCCUAUUGGCUACUGUCUACAACUGUAAGGGUACAGCCUCAGUGUUCACUGUAAAAAAAAAAAAAACCUUUAGAGGGACCAUUGGUCUCUACCUUUAUCCAAUUUCGAAUGUUGCUACAUAAGACAGAAUUGAGCCGGUCGGUCACAAAUACAACUACUGACUUUCCUCAUUGCUGUUGCUCUAAGAUGGCAACUCAGCACAAAUGAGCAUGUGCCAAUUGAAUCUCAACAAGGAAACAGUCGGUGGUUGUAUUUGAUUAACGUUAAAAAGUAUGGAUUUCAGCAAACAAAGGCACGCAACAACAGAGGACAAACAUAAUAUAAUAAUAAUAUGCCAUUUAGCAGACGCAUUUAUCCAAAGCGCAUACAUUUUUACGUAUGGGUGGUCCCGGGGAUCGAACCCACUACCCUUGCGUUACAAGCGCCAUGCUCUACCAAUUGAGCUACAUACGUUUACGGUAAGGGUUUAAGUAUUAAAAGUCUGCGCUCAACUCCCUGGAUGAAGUCAUUUUGGAAUUGAUUUACUUCGCUAUGCGCACUGCUACUUUGUUUAUAGCCUAUUCUGUGUUAUGUUCCCUAAAGGUCUUCUGGGAUUCUUCCUGAAUGCUGUGACAGUCGCUGCUUUCAUCAAAAUAAGAGAACUGAGAACCCCCAGCAAUUUCCUAGUCUUUAGCUUGGCAUUGGCCGAUAUGGGCAUCUCCGCGAAUGCAACAAUUGCCGCUUUCUCCAGCUUUCUGAGGUGAGUGACGUAGCAUAACCUACUAAUCCUUUCCAUCACCUAAUUUACUUUCUACUCACACUGACUCAUUGUUGCAACGUUUUUCCACUGUGAAAUACCAUGAAUUGAAUGGAAUAUGGAAUAUUCUAAACCAGGGUUCUCCAACUUGCGGCCCGCGGGCUGUAUAUGGCCCGCAAGUGGUUUUAUUUUGCCCCCCAAGUUUUCAGAGCAAACAUUUUUUAUUAAUUGUUGGACAUAAUAGACUGUAAAAACACCAGGAAAUCAUAUUUUUAAUGAAUAAAUAUUUUUCCAAGUAUUCCCACGCAUAAUAGAGAGACGUGAUCAUAUACAAAUGUAAGCAAGGUUUGAAAUGAUUAUGUUUUAGUCAAACAUUAUAUCUGUUUGGGCUUCUUGCGGUCAAUUUGCAGUCUACAAAUUAUUUGUAAUUAUGUUCCGGCCCCCCGAACACACCAGCUCAAGAAAAAAUUGGCCCGCGGCUGAAUCUAGUUGAUGAUCCCUGUUCUGUACUAUUCCUGCAAUAGUCUAUAGUGGAGCAACGCAAAGGAGAAUGUCUCUCGCUCUCUCUCAGACAUAUUCCAAUCAAUUAGCUCAUCAAUAUUUCUGCGUAGUGUUAGAGUAGUAGAUCAAUAAGGCCGGGGCAAAGACCAACGGGUUUAGGGCAUACAUGUAACAGACCUCCCGGGGACUGUGCUGUGUAAAGGCGGAGGAUUUAGAACUCUGUAAUCAGGGGGAUGAACGAUGACGUUGGCGUCUAGGUGAUUUAGGAUGAAAACAGCCACCGGAUUCACUUCAAAUUCAAAAUGGUUAUUAAUAGAUGACCUUGGUCAAUGUAAAAGAUCAUAAACAGACAGUGACCUUCCCUACCGUCUAGUUCUAUGCUCUACCAGUCUAAUCAUUGGUUGUUGAGCAUUAUAAAUAGCAUUCACAACCAGCUGAAGAAAUAGGCUAUGUUAAGGCCUAAUGUAUUGUCUUUCCCCCUCUUUACUCUGUCCUUCUCCAGGUACUGGCCCUAUGGCUCUGAUGGCUGCCAGACUCAUGGUUUCCAGGGUUUCGUGACAGCUCUCGCCAGCAUCCACUUCAUUGCUGCAAUCGCAUGGGACAGAUACCACCAGUACUGCACAAGUAAGUGGCAUGAGUCUCUUAGGUCUCAUACAUCUCCACAGACACACAUACUCACACAUCCAUCCCCAACAACAAAUGCACAAACAAACACACACUAGAUAGGACUAGUCUUUGGGUGCAGCUGUUCUUGUGGCCUCACAUCAUCCUAAGAGGCCAUCUGGCCUUCAGCCUAAGAGUCUAUUAAUCUGUUAGGAUGUCACUCAUCUGCAUGCUUUUAAUGACUUAUCACGAAUUCAUAAUCUGCAGAUUACACUAACACUGACACACUUUCUAUUGUGUGUCAUGACCCUGUCAAACUAUAUAUCAGAGAGCAAUAAGAGAGAUACAGUUCCACAACGACCAGAAGUAACCAGGCUUCUAUUAAAGAGAGUUACAGUAUGUGGCCAGGGCCAGAUUAAGAAAUAAUAGGCCUUGGGGCUUUGUGUUUUUUAUUGCCUACUCUUCGUAAUGUAAUGAGUAGAUUGGAUAGUACUAAUUUAGGUGAAUAAUAUAACUCAAUCACUGUUUACAAAAAGAUGCAUGGCUGAGCGCGUCUAGUUUGGAGUAGGCGCUAAUUGAUAUACUAUACUAAUACUAAUACUAAUAGAUAAAAAACCUUCUUCUUUUUGACAAAAUGUUUAAAAAAGGUAUAAUCUUUGUGAAUGAUAUUAUCGGUAGGACUGGUGGAGUUACAGUGAAGGAAAAAAAGUAUUUGAUCCCCUGCUGAUUUUGUACGUUUGCCCACUGACAAAGAAAUGAUCAGUCUAUAAUUUUAAUGGUAGGUUUAUUUGAACAGUGAGAGACAGAAUAACAACAACAAAAUCCAGGAAAACGCAUGUCAAAAAUGUUAUAAAAUUGAUUUGCAUUUUAAUGAGGGAAAUAAGUAUUUGACCCCCUCUCAAUUAGAAAGAUUUCUGGCUCCCAUGUGUCUUUUAUACAGGUAAUGAGCUGAGAUUAGGAGCACACUCUUAAAGAGAGUGCUCCUAAUCUCAGUUUGUUACCUGUAUAAAAGACACCUGUCCACAGAAGCAAUCAAUCAAUCAGAUUCCAAACUCUCCACCAUGGCCAAGACCAAAGAGCUCUCCAAGGAUGUCAGGGACAAGAUUGUAGACCUACACAAGGCUGGAAUGGGCUACAAGACCAUCGCCAAGCAGCUUGGUGAGAAGGUGACAACAGUUGGUGAGAUUAUUCACAAAUGGAAGAAACUCAAAAGAACUGUCAAUCUCCCUCGGCCUGGGGCUCCAUGCAAGUUCUCACCUCGUGGAGUUGCAAUGAUCAUGAAAACGGUGAGGAAUCAGCCCAGAACUACACGGGAGGAUCUUGUCAAUGAUCUUAAGGCAGCUGGGACCAUAGUCACCAAGAAAACAGUUGGUAACACAGUACGCCGUGAAGGACUGAAAUCCUGCAGCGCCCGCAAGGUCCCCCUGCUCAAGAAAGCACAUAUACAGGCCCGUCUGAAGUUUGCCAAUGAACAUUGAAUGAUUCAGAGGAGAACUGGGUGAAAGUGUUGUGGUCAGAUGAGACCAAAAUCAAGCUCUUUGGCAUCAACUCAACUCGCCGUGUUUGGAGGAGGAGGAAUGCUGCCUAUGACCCCAAGAACACCAUCCCCAACGUCAAACAUGGAGGUGGAAACAUUAUGCUUUGGGGGUGUUUUUCUGCUAAGGGGACAGGACAACUUCACCGCAUCAAAGGGACGAUGAAGAAAAAUAACAUAUGGGGGAUUGGAAGUGAUGCAGACAAUUACAUUGAUGGAAGUUACAAUCUAUCUGAAAUAUUAAAGCUGAUCUACCCCCUAAAAAAACAAAAAACAAAACAGUUGCAUGACCUAGUCUACACAGAACACUCACACUAUUGAUUCAGGAGGACCACGCACAGUUACCAUCCGCACAGCCUUCGCAAAGAAAACAAGAGCGCAGGCCUGUGUGGCCUCUGGCAUUUCAGCACCACCAGCUGGCUGGACAGAGCCUUUCCAGUCUCCAGCGGACGAGUAUUAGGCCUUAUGCAGUGCAUUAAUUUAUCGUUGAUCUCAGUCUGUUUUUGACAAGAUCCAACUCUGAAAUGGACGGCUCCCCUGAUGCAUUGGUAACAGGUAAAGUUAAGAAUAUUGGGAAAGACUGCUUGUAGAUUCCUCUGUCUCAACAUGUGAAGCAAUGCCCUGGCAGAUCCACAUGUUGCAAGUCAGAUUGAUGUAGGUCUUGUGAGGAAAGUGAAGGCAUAUUGUUUAAAAAUCAAAAUCAGUUGUUUAGCUCAUUGUAUGAGUCAUACUUCCUAUCCAACUCGGCAAUAAGUGUUUCAAUUACAACAGUGAACACACCGACAGGAAAUAUCUGCUGACCUGUCAUUGAUAAACAACAGUCAGGCUCUGCCUCUGAUGACUCGUUAGCAUGUUUUUUUCUUCUUCUUGCGUGUCAGGUUUGUAAAGUGUUAAAACGCUUGGGGACAUGUUCUUUCCUUUUGCCUCAAAGCUAUCAAACUGAUCCCGGAACCCAGCCACAAAAUCUCUUUAGGAGGCCACCAAACAAACAGUGUUAGUCAGCUCCAGUUCGACUGCCUGAAGUGCAGUGCUUGUAUUCUGAAAAUGUUGGAGUAUUGUGUUCCACAAGUUACAGAGAAAAGCAAUCUCAAGUUUAUCCAUUUGGGUAUAGAGUGCUAGAGCCUCAUUAUGCGUGGCCAGAGUUAGAUUUUUGUCCUCAGAUACUUCUGAGGCAUAAUGCUUUUGUGGCUUGUGCAUGGGCAGACCACCUUGUAACAGAAAGAGAUUUGAGGGUUUCAAUUCAACUGUUUUCAUUUGGUUGUAAACCUGAUAUAAUAAUCUGCCAAAUUCAGAGUAUGUGCAGUGCAAGGCAGCCACUCUGCCAAUGGGGUUGAUCUCUCGUAUGCUUGAUUGCAGGCCUUUGGUUGUCGUUGUCCUUUGUGUCUUUGUGUUGCGCAGAAAAAUAACCAGUUAGUUAAUUCCUUGCUUCUGCUGUUGUUUUAUUUUUCAGUAAUUUUAUUUUCUGGGCUCCACUCUCACUUUUUCCCACAAUUUUCAGUAGGCAGGCUAGCUAGCAAGACUCAGUCCACUAUUGUGUAAACAUUUUAGACAAAGACAUCACACAGAUUCCAUGUAGAAAUUAGAUUCUGACGAACACAGAGCACAUGGAGAUUCUGACAGUCACAGAGAACAUGAACACAGAGGAAAAACACAAAGUAUUGUUAAAACUUCACUUCUUGUAAUAAUGAUGAUGAGAGUAUUUCCAUUCUACGGCAGAUAGUUAACAGUUGUGAGGCAUGCCAGAAAUACAGCAAACCUAAGCCCAGACCAGCUGUUGGUUUGACACUGGCUUCUAAGUACAAUGAAAGUGGCUGUACAUCUACAUGAGCUAGGACCAAGUGUGUGGUACCUUCUUCACAUAAUCAACCACUUCACACGCUUCAGUGCUUGAAGCAUUGUGAAUACAAAGAAACCCAGGAGGAUAAUUAAAUAAUAAUGAAAUAAGAGAAAUGGCUGAGAAAUUCAACAUGGAGGUAAAGACAACUGCUACAAACAGUCCAUGGAGCAAUGGACUUCUGGAGAGACAUAAUCAAACACUCACAGAGAUCAUGCUGAAAGUGAAGCAAUACAAUGGAUGUGACUGGAAAACAGCCCUAGAUUGGGCUUUGAUGGCAAAAAAACUAAAUGCAUAAUGUUCAUGGCUACAGACCAUAUCAACUAGUGUUUGGGCAGAACCCUAAUCUUCCCUCUACUGGUUGACAAGCCACCAGCACUAGAAGGGACCAGUGUGCAUGGGUGGAACAGCACCUUUCAGCACUACAUGCAGCAAUAAAAGUGUUCACUGAAGCAGAGUGUUCAGAGAGAAUUCACAGGGCUCUGUGUAAACAGCUUCUACCCACCGAUGAGAAGUACGAGACUGGAAACAAAGUGGACUACAAACGAGUUGACUGUCAAGAGUGGAAAGGACCGGGAGUAGUCAUUGGCCAAGAUGGUAUGGUGAUAUUUGUCAGGGUGCAUCAUUCAAGAUGGCGGAAAGUAAAUGAUCAACAAGAUGGAGGGGCUGUUGCUGAGAAUCAGCCUCCUACUGAUAAUGACAAAAAGGAUACAUUGACACAAACCUACCAGAUGUCGCAUCCAAUGAUAUGGACACUGAAACUGACACAGGAAAUGGAGCAGAGACCUUCAACCAUGACACAGGUAAUACUUGUGAUGGUCCAAAUGAGGAAAACGUUCAACAACAGCCACAUGUGUUAAGACAACAUGGUUGUUCCAAAUCUGAAAACUAGGCAAACUGUUAAAUACAUGGACAGAGAUCGUGGUAUUCCACACACAGCAAUCGGCAUUGGACGAGCAGGAAAAGCCAAAGGAAAACACCAGAACUGGUACAACUUGCAGUACUCUGAACCAGCUACACUUUAUGGUACAUCCGGGUCAGCUGACCUGUCACUUGUAGAUAAUCUCAGAAUUGAACCAAUGGAAAAACAGAAUGACAUUCAAAAUGAUGAUGUACUUGAAACAAAGGACGUGUCAUUUGACUCAGCUAAACUAGAUGAGCUCAGUACCAGUAAUUGGAGUAAAAAGGACGUGUUUGAGGAAGUCAAAGACAUUGGCCAAAAAUGUGUCUCAACAAGGUGGGUGUGUACCCUUAAAGAAUCCUUAACUGGAAUAGUGCCAAAAGCAUGUCUAAAAGCAGGUUUUGAGGAGCUGGCUGCUAAAGAACUCCCAAAAGACUCAUCGGCAUGCACCUCGGAGUCACUCAGAUUGCUGCUGACAGUGAUCUGCCAGAAAAAAUGGAAACUUCAUUCCAUAGACAUCAAAUCUGCAUUUUUGCAGGGAACAAAGCUGUCAAGGGACAUUCACAUCCGACCUCCGCCUGAAGCUAAGAGCGAAGGAACACUGUAGAAACUAAAAAAGUGUGUGUAUGGCCUGGCAGAUGCAUCACUCUACUGGUACAACAAAGUCAAGGCAACAAUGCUGAGUACAGGUGGAAAAAUGUCACAAGUGGAUCCUGCAGUCUUCUAUUGGCUUGAUCAAGACUGCAAUGUGACGAGUACUUGCCUGUCAUGUUGAUGACUUCAUCUGGGGUGGCUCACAGUCCUUUGCUACAACUGUGAUUCCACACCUCAAAGCUGUUUUCCAAGUCGGCCGUGAGGAGCAUGAUAGUUUUUGCUAUGUUGGCAUAGAGUUUAUUACAGUUGACAGAACAAUACUGACACAACAGGAAAGCUAUAUCAAUAAUCUUCAACCCAUCCACAUGGAUUCUUCAAGAGCCGUACAAAGGAAUUCCCCUCUCUGCGGAAUUGAAGCUGAUCAAUUGAGGUCAAAAUUAGGUCAAAUUAUAUGGGUUGAUAGACAGAGUAGACCUGAUGUAAUGUUUGAUGGUUGCAACUUGGUAUCCAACACAAAACACGCCACUGUACAAACCAUUCAUGAGGCAAACAAAGUUGUUCGUAAACUGAAAUCACAACAAGUGACUCUAAAGUUUUAGCAUGUUGGAAAAGAUGACUCUCUGAAACUAGUUGUCUUCAGUGAUGCUUCCCUAGGGAACCUUACAGAAGGAGGCACACAAGGUGGACAUCUAAUCAUUUUACAUUUACAUUUGAGUCAUUUAGCAGACGUUCUUAUUCAGAGCGACUUACAGUUAGUGAGUACAUACAUUUUCAUACUGGCCCCCCGUGGGAAUCAAACCCACAACCCUGGCAUUGAAAGCACCAUGCUCUACCAACUGAGCUACACGUGUUAAUGGGUGAAGAAGGAAGAUUCUCGCUUAUCUGUUGGCAGUCAAAAAGGAUCAGAAGGGUUGUCCAAAGCACACUUGCUGGAGAAUCCCUUGCUCUUGCGGAUGGAAUUGACAAAGCCAUCUUUCUGACAAAACAACACAUUCUACCUGUAGUUUGUGUCACUGACAACUACUCCUUAGUUGAUGCUGUUAAGUCAACCAAGUCUGUCACAGAGAAAAUACUUUGUCUUGAGAUUAGCAGCAUCAAGGAAGUUAUUCAAGCACAGAGAAUCCGGCGGAUUCUGUGGUCGGCCACAAAGGAACAGCUUGCUAAAAAGAACAGUCUGACUAAAAAGGCAGCAUCCGGUCUUGUGCUCCUAAAGGCACCCAGUAAUGGAAAGUGGCAGCUUGAUUAAUACAAAAUAAAAACUUUGUCACACAACCCAUUUGUAAUGGGUAAUUUAAAUAAUACUGGGGACAUUUCAUUAUUUUUUGAUUGUCUUUAAAGAAAAGUGGGAGAUUAAGGUCAUAUUUUAAGUAUCCCUAUAUUUCUGUUAUUACGGUGCUAUCACUCUGUUAUUAGUACCCCUGCGCCGUAGUCUCAGGGUAGAUGGACCUGGCCUGAAUGCAAUGGCAACUAUGUAUUGUGGAAAUAUGGUGAAGUAAACAUAGUUAAACUGGAACCUAGUCGUUUUGUCAUUUUGAGUUAACAACUUACACAAUUGACCAGUUGCAUUUAUUUAUUAUGCAGUUUAUUUUUACUUUUUUAUUAAUCAGUUACCCAAUCAAGGCAGGGCCCCCCAAUUACCCACGUGGGCCCCCUACCUCCUCUCCUCCCUCAUCUGAUGAUUAGCAAAGCGGCAGCAGGCUGCAGCUGGCUGUCUACACUCUUUGAGAGCAGGCUCCUGAGUCCUGUGGUUGGCAGUUGCAGUAAAAAAAAUAUAUAUAUAUAUAUAUAUAUAUACACUACAUAUAUAUAUACUGUGUAUAUAUAAUAUAUGGUGUAUAUAUUUCCAUUAUUAUUAUAUUUGUUUUACUUUCAGCCCCGGUAAGCACCUGCAUUAAUUAGGCCCUGAACAUGGCCAACAACUGGCCAAUGGGAAGCAUUUUGUUUUGUAGUAUUUCAACCAAAUAGUAAACCAACAUUAACCAUGUUGAGCUUAGGCCUACUUCAAGACAAGGAUCAACAUAACAACAUGAAAUGGAUUAUAUUACUCCCCUUAUCUCUUCUCAUUCUUUGGGUAUGUCGCAGAUGGAAUCUGUGAUUUGAAACCAUAAAAUAUGUGGCAUUACAAUCAAUAAAACAAAAUACUGCUACAAUUGAGGAAAUAUGAAGACAACCCUUAAAUGUUUUAAUAUGAACACUUUCUCACAGAUUCCCUCUGGUCCUGCCCUACCAAAAAUGUAUAUGUUAAAAACACAAUAAUACAAUAAUUACACAAUAACACAUUUUAUUGUGCGUUCACAGCUAGUUUUAAGUACAUGUUUAGUUCCUAAAUACAUUUAAAAUGUGACAUGACACAAACGUUAUUCGAAUUUGUUAAUUUUAUGAAUGUGUUGUAUAUCUGUCUGGCCCUGGAAAGCAAUGGGGCUGAGGGGAUAUUUCAUUUUACAUUGAAAUGGUGGAGAGUAACAGUGUGUGUUGUGCUCAUAGAAAUAUAAUAAUCCGAUUUGAUUUCUAAGAGUACAGCACACACCUUUACUCUCCCUCUCCAUUCCAAUGGGAAAUAAAAAUUAUUGAUAUGUGGUCCUCUGUAGCUCAGCUGGUAGAGCACGGCGCUUGUAACGCCAAGGUAGUGGGUUCGAUCCCCGGGACCACCCAUACACAAAAAAAAAAAAAUAUGUAUGCACGCAUGACUGUAAGUCGCUUUGGAUAAAAGCGUCUGCUAAAUGGCAUAUUAUUAUUAUUAUAAUAUAUUCUAAUCAUUGUAUUUCUAUGGUUGUGCUUCUCAUCAGGGACAAAGCUACAGUGGAGCAGUGCCAUCACUCUGACUAUCUUCAUCUGGCUGUUCACCGCCUUCUGGUCCGCCAUGCCCCUCAUCGGCUGGGGAGAGUAUGACUACGAACCCCUCAGAACCUGCUGUACCCUGGACUACAGCAAAGGAGACAGGUAACGAACACACUCACAUACCUGCACACGCAUGCACAUUCACAUGCGCACACACAUGGACUACAGCAAGGGAGACAGAUAACACACACACACACAUCUUCACACAUGGCAAAAAGACAGACCGAUGGGCAGACACACACACACACACACACUCAAAUGCACACAAAAAUACACAAAAAACCUGGCCUACAACAAGGGAGACAGGUAACACUUUCUGUAGUGUAAAACAUCCAUAUUGGCUCCCCAGAUGCACUUGUUUCAUAACAUCCUGUGUUCUUUCUUUUCUUGAACAGGAACUAUGUGUCCUACUUGAUCCCCAUGGCCAUUUUCAACAUGGCCGUCCAGACUUUUGUUGUCAUGUCCUCCUACAAGUCCAUCGGCCAGAAAUUCAAGAAGACCGGAAACCCCAGGGUAAGAAUAAUGUCCACUAUUAUUGUCAUACAUGGCCCUGUUCCAAUACUGUCAACAUGCACCCUUCCCUCCUUGCUACCUUGAAGGAAUCCCUGAUCUAACAUGACUUGAUAGGGGAAUGCAAGUGAUUCAUAGAUUAUAUUUCCAGAUUUCACAGAACCAGUAAUGUCAAAUCAGUGAUACCUUCAAAGAUGGCUGCAUUUCAAAAGAAUGCACUCAGUUCCAAACCCAAAAUGUUCCCCCUAUCUUUCUAUGACUGACCACUGCUUAUUUGAGGACUAGGGAGGAGAAACAAUCCCUAUAGUGCUAAUGUUCAUCUAUUUAGUCUUUUCAGUCCUACAAGGUGUAGACCAUCAAGGCCCCAUGGUUUGGAAUGCAGCCACUGUACCUUAAAGGAAACUGUACUGUUGAACAGACACAGUAGACUAGUAAGAGUAUACUGUAGGUCCCACUAGGGCUGUGGCGGUCAAUAAAUGUCAGCCAGUGAUUGUCAAGCAAAUAACUGCCGGUCUCACGGUAAUUGACCGUUAAUUAACAUAAACACGUUUAGCAUCUUCUGGCUUCCUCGGCAUAUCCUACAAGCCACUAAUGCAGACAUUUGGAACAUCUAUAUUUUAAGAAGUCUAAUAAAUCAAUUUAAUAUAGCCUACACCAUCACAGUAUAUCCAUUAGUUAAUUUAGACAGGUCUAAAGGGCGGCAGGUAGCUUAGUAGCUUAGUGGUUAAGAGCGUUGUGCCUUUAAUCGAAAGGUAGCUGGUUCUAAUCCCCGAGCCGACUAGGUGAAAAAUCAGCCGAUGUGCCCUAGAGCAAGGCACUUAACCCUAAUUGCUCAUGUAAGUCGCUCUGGAUAAGAGCGUCUGCUAAAUGAUGUAAAUGUAAAUGUAAAGAAACAUGAUAUGAAUAAAAUGUGGUAUAUUUCAGAAGAACAGAAUAGCAUACUCUGAGUUGUCCUUAUGUUAGGCCCUGAUCUGGCUAUGCCAUAUGGCUGUGGGCUACACUAGUUCAUUUAGCAGACAAGAUUUGCUUAGAAUUCCGUGGCAUUUUUUUAUAGUAUGAAGAAUACAAUUGAAAAUAGCUGAAUAAAAUAAAAAUGAUAUUUUCUACAAACGAUUUCCGAGGGAGUGCGCACACGCGCCUAUUCUGUGUUGAGCAGUUAACAAAAAAACAGGUCCUCCUAUAUGCUUAAUUUAGAGUUAUUUAUGCAACGUUAGUUGUGAUACAAAUGUUGGGCUAUAUGUUUAGAUUUUUAAAACAUUCUAAGGCUGCAUGAUGCAACUCUAAUGAUGUUUUGAAAAAAGUUGCAUGAAAGGUAUGAGCUCUGCUUUGUUUCUUGUGCAGGCUGCACACACUUCAUCAGUCUCUCAUUCACAAUUUGAUAAGCACUUGAUAAUAUUCUAACCAGGCCUCGAAUUUCCCGGCAGCAUCCACCUUGUGUAGCCGUAAUGCCCCCUAAAAACAUCCAUGCCUUUGCGGCCAAAGUGGCUGUUGUGCCCUUGGGCUGAAUAUAAUAAUUAUAAUUCCCUUCUCCCAGCUGCCAAUCACCGUGCUCCGAAGCACUUCUCACUCAGGUGGCUCUCUCAGAUAUCUCAAUUCUUAUUAGCCAAUGCCCGUCACGUGAUCGGGUCCUUCUCACAGGCCUCUCAGCUCCGAAGUAGGCUACAAGUGAAGACAGACACAUCAGGGACUGCGUGGGUCCUUCUUAUUGAAUUCUGAGGCACAUAUUGAAGAUGUUAGAAAAAUUGUCCACAUGUACUUUUUUUCAGCCAACAAGAUGAAUAGGCCUAACAAACAGCAAAUGCACUAGCCUAUGUCAAUCUACUAUCCCCCAUUGUACAAAAGUUGACCUAUUCUAUUGGUCAACUUGACCUUCUGUGCGAGAAAUAAAUGUUCCAAACAUACUCUGGGUCAGUUGUGGGAUGCGAUAGAUCCCAAAUUAAUACAACCACUCGCAUCAAAAAAAUGUUUUGCGCAAUGAGGCUGAUGCAACAGAUCAGAACGUUUAGCUUAAAAUGUUGAUCAACUAUUAUGCUAUUUCUUCACAUUAUAAGCGCAGCAAUGCACACACGGCAGUAGUCUAUAAGCGCAAAUGAUUGAUUUUUGACAACUUUGCAUUGAUGUCAGAGUGAUUUAGAGGGACUAGAGUGCUGAGUACCAGGAAGUUAGCAAGUUUGGUAGGCUACUAAUGACCAUCAGCAACAUCAGAGCUUGACUAAACGGUCACGUGGAAUUUGACUGUGAUCAUUACACAGUCAAGACAUACUCUCUCUCUCUCUAUCAUGACUCGUGACUGCCGGUGUAGUGGUAAUACGGUCACCGUAACAUCCCUAGGUCCCACGUGACUGGAGGGACUGAAUCAGGUUGCCUCUCCCUCUAUAUGUUGCAUAAGCCAAUUACUCGCGGUUGUGUAGCUAGGGCUUACGCUGUGCUAGCCGGAGCACAAAGGCGUCUAUGCUGCUGGAAACAAUGAGCUCCUUUCACUAAGGCAGCACUGUUACUGUUAUCUAACCUUCAAAUAGCAUCACACAGACAGAAAUACUCUCUCUCUCUCUAUCUCUCUCUCUGAGAUAAGCUUUAUUAGCAUGAAUGAUAAGACCACUGUUGCUAAAGCGAAGUGAGAUAAUGACAUCAACAAUAACAGUAAUAGUGAUUACAGAAAGGGGAAAACAUAUAUGUUCUCUCUUUGUCUCUCUCUCUCUCUUGCUCUCUCUCAUGCACACACACACACGGCCGCACUUUCAAAGAGUGUCCAAUACCUCAAAUGCAUCAUUAUUACUUUGGAAACACAAAACACAGAAAGCAAAGCCCCCUCUCCUCUCAGAUGCCCCAGUGUUGGGUUUCUGCUAGGAAUGUCUACAAAACUGUAAACAACUACUUCAUUAACAUUCCUGUAUGGAUACAAAGGUUGUAUACAUGGUAAGUGGCAUUUGCAGUCUUUGUGUCAUGUGUACUCAAAAAUAACACAUACUCAAACAAAACUGUUAUCCCUAAGUAUAGUGUAUUAUGAGUAUAAAACAUGGGAUUACUAUGAAUGGUCAGUGAACAAUGUUUUACUGUGUGCCUGUUUUGGUGCAUUGUCUGAGUUUAGUUGAUUAUGAAAUGAUGGUAAGCCAGAUAUUGUGUUUUUGUCCCAACCGUUAUCCCAGGCUUGUGACAAGGCCGUCACAUGCAUGUAAGCCCCAUGACCCGAGACGUUUUUCCACUAUUCAUGGUCGAACAGUAACAAUCCCUUCUCUCUCUCUCUCUCUCUCUCUCUCACCCUCACCCUCACCCUCAACCUCACCCUCUCUCUCUCUCUCACCCUCACCCUCUCUCUCUGUCUCUCACCCUCUCUCUCUCUCUCACCCUCUCUCUCUCUCUCUCUCUCUCACCAUCUCUCUUUCAAUUUAAUUUAAUUCAGAUGGCUUUAUUUGAAUGGCGAGUGUAACCUCAUACAUUACCAAAGCAAACAUAGAGGAACAUAUUCAAUCAAUGGGGAUGGAAAUAAGUCAUAAUACUGUCCCUCUCUCUACAGUUCAACACUGCCACUCCCCUGAAGACAUUUUUGUUCUGCUGGGGACCCUAUGGAGUCCUGACCUUUUACGCUGCUGUUAAGAAUGCCAACCUGGUCUCUCCCAAGAUAAGGAUGGUGAGGACAACACACACAUGCGCAUACACAGACAUGCACACACACACACAUGUUCACACACACACAUGCGUGCACACACACACACACACACACACACACACACACUGCAUCUAAUCUAACAGUAGACAUCAUAUAGAUUUCUCAAGGUCAUAUUACUUUGUGUUUGCCAAAGAUCUUUUACACCAUUUACCAAAUACACAAAUACAAUACUUAGGGUUUCUGUGUAAUAUAGUAGCCAUUAAUCGCACUGCUUGAUGAUAUAACUAAUGGUCCUUUGGUCCCCAAAGCAAUGUACAUUUAACACAUACUUGUGUAGUGUAAUGGCACAUGCAGGAGUCAAGCUCACAACACUGGUGUGCCAAAUUUCAUACUCCAACCAACUGAGUCUAUGUAUACAGUUUAAGUCGGAAGUUUACAUACACUUAGGUUGGAGUCAUUAAAACUCAUUUUUCAACCACGCCACAGCCGACAGGCGAACAACAACACACAAUCUAACUAACACAAAACAGGGAACUUAUAGGACACGUAAUUAGGACACAAACAGACACAGGUGUACCAGACAGACCAAAGCAAUCAACACACGAAACAUACAACGGUGGCAGCUAGUAUUCCGGGGACGACGAACGCCGAAGCCUGCCCGAACCAGGAGGAGGAGCAGCCUCGGCCGAAACCGUGACAGAUCGUCCUUUUUGGAGAAAUGUCCUCUAGUCUGAUGAAACAAAAAUAGAACUGUUUGGCCAUAAUGACCAUUGUUAUGUUUGGAGGAAAAAGGGGGUAGCUUGCAAGCCGAAGAAUACCAUCCCAACCGUGAAGCACGGGGGUGGCAGCAUCAUGCUUUGGGGGUGUUUUGCUGCAGGAGGGACUGGUGCACUUCACAAAAUAGAUGGCAUCAUGAGGAAGGAAAAGUAUGUGGAUAUAUUGAAGCAACAUGUCAAGACAUCAGUGAGAAAGUUAAAGCUGGGUCGCAAAUUGGUCUUUCAAAUGGACAAUGACCCCAAUCAUACUUCCAAAGUUGUGGCAAAAUGGCUUAAGGACAACAAAGUCAAGGUAUUGGAGUGGCCAUCACAAAGCCCUGACCUCAAUCCUAUAGAACAUCUGUGGGCAGAACUGAAAAAGCGUGUGCGAGCAAGGAGGCCUACAAACCUGACUCAGUUACACCAACUCUGUCAGGAGGAAUGGGCCAAAAUUCACCCAAUUUAUUGUGGGAAGCUUGUGGAAGGCUACCCGAAACGUUUGACCCAAGUUAAACAAUUUAAAGGCAAUGCUACCAAAUACUAAUUGAGUGCAUGUAAACCUCUGACCCACUGGGAAUGUGGUGAAAGAAAUAAAAGCUGAAAUAAAUUACUACUAUUAUUCUGACAUUUCACGUUCUUAAAAUAAAGUGGUGAUCCUAACUGACCUAAGACAGGGAAUUUUUACUAGGAUUAAAUGUCAGGAAUUGUGAAAAACUGAGUUUCAAUGUAUUUGGCUAAGGUGUAUGUAAACUUCCGACUUCAACUGUAUCUGUAUUUUAUAAAACUUGCUGUACCGUACUUUGACACAAAUGUACCACCUUUUUGAACUUGCUAGUACUGAGACAUUUACAUUGCUCUGUUUGUCUUUGUGUUUGUAGCUGGCUCCUAUUCUGGCAAAGACCUCUCCCACGUUCAACGUUUUCCUGUACGCCCUGGGCAAUGAGAACUACAGAGGAGGCAUCUGGCAAUUCCUCACUGGGGAAAAGAUUGAAGUGCCUAAAAUUGAAAACAAGUCCAAAUGAACUAAGCAUGCGAUAAUCACACACACACAAACUAUCCUUGUGGUUUUCUGACAGUUCAUGUCAAUGGACUUGGACUUCUCUUUAUUGUGUUUGUAUGUUUGUGUGUGUCUGCAUGUGUGUGUGUGUGUGCAUGUGUGUAAGUUACAUUUUAGUCAGGGGUUAACGUGGAGUGGAGUGAUGUGUUUGUUGUUACAUUGGGAUGUAUUUUAUGUUCACACUCUAGUUUAGGAUGGGCUGUUUGUAGUAGACAUGCUAUACCCACGGCUCCUUUGUUGUCCAAUGUUGUGAAAAUGUUAAGCUUUAAAUGAUAAGCAGUUGUUACAGUUAUUACAUUUCAAGCCUAUUGUCAGACUGAGGCAAAAAAUAUAUUAUUAGAAAUUAGAUAUUAAUAUUUGAUAUUAUUAGAUAAAUGAUGAAUUCCUCUCCAGCUAAAAUAGCCUAGAACAUAUUUCAUCUCCAUGGACUGAAAUAGAUCAUUUGGUAACACUUUACUUAAGUCUGCAGGUAGAAUGACUCAUUCCCGUCCAGCUUAAAUAGCCUAGAACGUAUUUCCUCUCCAUGGAAUAAAAUAGAUUGGUGUAAUGCUUCAUCACUUGUUAUGAGCAUGUACAAGCCUUUAUGAUGUCUUAUUAUAAGACUUAUAAUACAUUAUGUCGCUGUUAUUUAGUAUUAUGAGAUGGUAAUAAGACAUAAUCAGUGCUUGACUUUCUAUAAGAGUUGAAGGAACUCAAGCAGUAAAACAUUUGAGGUGCCGGUACUCAACUCCGGUGAGCUCCGGCCCAAGUCAAGCACUGAUUAUAAUGGGUCAUACUGUACAUGCGGAUAACAACUCUUGCUCUAACAAUACAUGAUAACCACAUCAAAAUGCAUCAUACUUGCUGGCUUUAAGCAUAUUGUUACCAAUCUUUUUAUUAAUCAAACAUGAUACUACAUUGCAUUCCUUUGAAGCUGGAUAAUUUAAUGGAAAGAUUAGAAAUUGCCAGAUAGAAAUCCCUUAUUAGCUCUAGUCCCAAUAUAAGCUAUAUAAUGGUCAUCCAUAGAUUGGGCAUUCCAAUCUGGCUUUGUAGGCUUUAAUCCUACAAACAAUGGUGUUUUUCAUGAAAACACAUCCCACCAGCCAGCCGAUAUUAUUAUAGGAAAGAAAUAGAUGUAUUGUACGUGCUCUUCUCACCUCCAGGCUUAGCUUCAAAGCCAGAAAUAAAAAAUGGUCUACUUUUUCACGUAAAGUCUUUGUUUUGUUAUCACAUCAUUCAUUUUAGAAAGUAAACUACUAAAAUAGAAAUACAGAUUUUAAUUGUUGAUACGUUAUAACUGGUUGCACAAGUUAUAACUGGUCAGUGAAAGUAAGCAAUCACCUUGAUUAUGAUAUGCCAAAUGUGGCAUUAGACAAUCACACAUGGCAUUGAUUAAGGUUAUGUUACUGAGAUGAUGUUCCUUGACAUUAAUUGAUUUUAAUGAAAGAGCAAAAGGUAGUGUUUGAGACCUAUUAAUUCCACCC